UCUCUCAAGAACAAUAUGGUAUCAGAGCAGAAGAUUCUGCUCCAUCUCUGAUUUCAAACUGCAAUUCGAUCUUUCUUUCACAGUUCUCAGUCGAUUCUCUGAUCGAUUUUCUACUUUCUCGUCUCAAUUUCAUCCGUUUAAUUCUCAAUUUUUUUUUUCAAAAUGCCAGAAAAUCAAACAAAUUCAGCUGUAAAUUCAAUUGAUGAGUCAAAUCCCUUAUAUCUUCACCCUUCUGAUCAUCCUGGGAUGAUUCUGGUCUCAAAACAAUUCGAUGGAACAGGUUUUGGAUCUUGGAAGAGAGCUAUGAUGAUUGCACUCUCUGCUAAGAACAAAUUAGGGUUUGUUACUGGAACUGUUACAAAUUCUUCAAAUUCAGAUCUCUGGCAACGUUGUAAUGAUAUGGUGAUCUCUUGGAUCAUAAACACAUUAGCAAGAGAAAUCAGUGAAAGUGUUCUGUAUGUUCAAACAGCCUCUCAACUUUGGAAGGAAUUAAAUGACAGAUAUGGGCAAGCCAAUGGUACGAAAUUCUAUCAGCUGCAGAAAAGUCUUUGUGAAAUUUCGCAAGGUAAUAGUAAUAUAGCUUCUUAUUUUACCAAGAUCAAGUGUAUUUGGGAUGAAAUCAGUUCUUUGUAUACUAUUCCUCCUUGUUCUUGUGGUACUUAUCAAGAAAUGGUCAAAAGAGAGGAAGAACAAAGGUUAAUUCAAUUUCUUAUGGGGCUAAAUUCUACUUAUGAUGCUAUUAGAGGAAAUAUCUUAAUGAUGCAGCCCUUACCUUCAAUUAGUCAAGCAUAUGCCUUACUAAUUCAUGAUGAAAAACAAAAGGAAAUUCAUCCUGCCACUCAAUCCUUUACGGAAGCUUCAGCUAUGCAUGUUCAAAAUCAGUCUCAAGGAAAUUCCUAUAAUAAACCUGGGGAUUUAAAAAAGGUUAUAUGUGAGAACUGCAAGAAACCUGGGCACGCAACAAAUAAGUGUUAUAGGUUAAUUGGUUUCCCAAAAGAUUUUAAAUUCACAAAGCCAAAACGGUUUGCUGGUACUACUUCCACAAAUGAUAAUCUCAAUUUCAAAGAGGAAAUGCAUAAGUUUGAUGUUCAUGCCAUGAAUGCUGGAACAAGUCUAACAUCAGAUCAGUGUCAUCAGUUAAUUCAGUUCUUGCACAAUACUCAUCUGGCCAAUCCAAAUUCCAGAUCUUCUUUUCAAUCACCAAAUGUCACCACAAUCAAAUCUGCCAAUUUUGCAGGGCCCUUCUCUGAAGAGGCCACUAGUUCUUGGUAAGCUGCUUGAUGGGCUCUACAUCCUCAAGACAAAUGAGAUGAUUUACAAUAGUAUUUUUCCUGUUUCUAGAAUAAAUUUUUCCAGUAGUAAUGCUGUUGUUACUGGAACAGUUUGGCAUAAUAGGCUUGGACAUUUGUGUCGCAACCCCCGAUCCCUUAUCUGUCCGGGGAACGGGCGGACGCGAACUCAGAGUUUCAGUGGUAUCAGCUUGUUAAAAUUGGCAGCGGAAAUUACAUCAGGAUCGUAGUUAGGAAAUGUUUAUCAGAGUAAAACCACCAUAUUUAAUAUUAAUAGUUACAUGGGCAAAACCCAAG